UAAAUUAUCCCAAAUACUUAGGCUAUAGUUGAAGUAUGGAAUAGUAAUAUACUCUAUCUCGCUGCACCUAAUCCUAUCUUGCUUUACAUAUCCCCCGGUCCCUCAAUAUGGGGGUGUCAAUGAUUUUGCAUUUUUUGUACACACAUGAGUAAAGGCAGAGACAAGCAAACUAUUCCUAAUACUUUGGCUAUAGUUGGAAUUUGGAUUAGUAUCAUACUCUAUCUCGCUGCAACUAUCCCUAUUUCGCUUCACAGUUCCCUAUCUCACCGCUGUUUACUGUCCCUCUACUAUAAAGGGUGUCAAAGAUUUUGCAUUUUUUGUACACACAUGAGUGAAAGAGGAGACAAAAGAACUUUCCCUAAUACUUUGACAAGAAUUGUAGAAUGGAAUAGUAAAACAGUCCAUUUUUGCUGCAACUAUCCCUAUUUCACUUCACAGUUCCCUAUUUCACCGCUGUUUACUACUAUAAAGGGUGUCAAAGAUGUUGCAUUUUUUGUAGACACAUGAGCAGAAGAAAAGUCAAACAAACUAUUUGUCAUACUUUGGCUAUAGUUUGAGUUUGGAUUAGUGUCAUAAUCUAGCUCACUGCACCUAUUUGUGUUUCGCUUCACCAAUCCCUAUCUCACCCCUGUUUCGCUGUCCCUCGAUCUACCAAUCCACUAUGUGACAAUUAUGUGCAUCAAAGAUUUUGCCUUUUAUGUAGGGACGCGAGUAAAAGCAGGGACAAAUGAACUAACCCAAAUACUUAGGCUAUAGUUGGAGUGUGGAAUAGUAUCAUACUCUAUCUCGCUGCACCCAUUCCUACCUUGUGUCAACGAUUUUUACAUUUUUUGUAGAGACAUGAGUAAAAGCAGUGACAAAUCUUCUUAUACUUUGACAAUAGUUGGAGUAUAUAGUAUACUCUAUCUCAGUGCCCCUAUUCAUUUUUUCUUUACUAUCUCACUGCUGUUUCGCUAUUGCUUACGCAAUCCCCUAUCUGCCAAUACAAAGAUUUUGCAUUUUGUGUUGACACGUGAGUAAAAGCAGAGACAAAUAGACUAUCCCAAAUAUUCAGGCUUUUGUUGAACUAUGGAAUAGUAACACUCUAUCUCACUGCACCUAUUACUAUCUUAUCCUUUGCUUUGUAUAUCUACUUUUGCUGUCCUUUUACCGAGGGAUCAAAGAUUCUGCAGAUAAUACGCAAGUGGAAGGAGAGACCUUAGUUGGAUGAUAAGUAUCUGAGUUGUUGAGUUUUUAUCUUAAUUUUCCAAAAUCCUGCUUGUUUGUGUAUGAUUUCAAUAUGUUGUGGAUGUUUCGCUGUUCAAGAAUAAUUAUACCAAUGUACCCGUGUGAGCUGUGAAAUAUUGCUAAACAUGCGCCAAAACUUGGUUCUAAAAUCAUUUUAGGAGCGGCAGUAUAAUUACUGCAGAGCCAAAAACUUUUUAAGCGUGAUUGAUAAACUAAAAACCAUUUUCAAGCCUGAUUGUAAACUAAAAACCAUUAUCAAGCCUGAUUGAUAAACUAAAAACCAUUUUCUAGCCUGAUUGGUAAACCCUUCUUUGCCAGCCUAGUAACGGGGUCGCCGACAGGAAACAAUGGCGGUACGGCCGUUCUCGGACAGAGAGGGCGAGGCAAGUUGUGACGCACGAACGAGCCAACAUAAAAUGCGGCCACUCUCGGGAACCAUCAUCAGUUCCUACUGUCCGUGGAAAUUUCACCAGUUGCCUCAGCCGACCAGUUCAUCUCUUCUCCGAAACCUCCGACGACUUCUCCGAAACCUCCGACGAAUCUGCGACCAGUUCAUCUCAUCUCAGAAACCCCCAACGAGUUUUCUACCAGUUCAUUUCUUCUCCGACGAAACUUCAAGAUGUCUUCAGCUGGAUACAACAGUUCUCGUGGUCAGCGACUCGCCUCCUCCUCCUCGGACGACCACCAGUCUCUGGUCCCCUACUGCUUCAGGAACAGCGUCACGAGUCCAGAGCAGCUACACUACUCUAUCGGCAAGACCAUCGGCUCUGGGACCUACGCCAAAGUCAAGGCAGCGUGGAGUCCAUACGAGCGGAAAAUGAUCGCCAUCAAGAUACUGGAGAAACGAGGAGCCUCACAGGAAGUUCUGGACAAGUUCCUGCCUCGAGAGAUGGCCGUCGUCCGUCGUCUGAACCACCCGAGCGUCCUCCGAGUCUUCCACGUGGUGGAGACUCCGCGAGAGGUCUACUUCAUGCUGGAAAUGGCCGAGAACGGCGACCUCCUGGACUACAUCAACUGGCGCAGGUUCCUCCCCGAGCCCGAGGCCCGCUACGUCCUCCGUGGAGUGGCUGCCGGCGUGUCUCACUGCCACAGCAAGAACAUCGUGCACAGAGACCUCAAGUGUGAGAACAUCAUGAUCACCAGAGAAAUGAGAGUCAAGAUCGGAGAUUUUGGGUUUUCUCGACUGGUAGGAAGAGGAGAGAGUCCAGUCACCACUCCUUGUGGCUCCUACUCUUAUGCUGCACCAGAACUGCUCUCUUCAAGACCUGGAGAUACCUACGACGGCAAGAAAAGUGACAUUUGGAGCAUAAACUCUACAGCCAAGCAUCGUUUUGGAGCUUGUAAGUUAUUGAGCAUUGUAGCUAUAUAACAUCUCAGAAGUCUGUUUGGACAAUGGGCUGUAUUCUGUUUGCCAUGGUGUGUGGCUCUCUUCCGUAUGGUGACGACACUCGAGUUGUGCAGAUGAUUCAAAAGCCACUCCACUUCCCAAAACCCCUCACUACAGAGUGCAAGCAUCUGCUGAGAUCAGGAAUGCUCAACACAGACAGUGAGAGGCGCUACGACAUCACAGAGCUUCGUCUCUCUCUCUGGAUGAGGGGACCAGCCGUACCCCUCACUCCCUACUCCACCACCAAGAUAUCAGCAGAG